UUCUCUUUGAAUUUUCGAUGUUUUAAUUUCCCUUCUGAAGCAACGAUUACCAGCAAGGGAACCCCAUCCUUUUUCCUUAUUUCAAACUCAAUCCAACCUUUCCAAAGUGACGUUUUCUCCUUUACUUGCAGAAACUUUCUUGGUUACUUAAAUUCCCUCAAUUCUCCCAUUCUAUAAUCUUCUUCCUUUAUCUCCCCAUGACUCUCGGUACAAUUCCAGUUCAAGAAAUACCUGUCCUUGAAAACCUGAUCACCAUUCGCCAUAAAUUGUCAGCUUUGAAAAAAGACCGGGAAUCGUAUCCAAAGCCUGAUAUUAUUGUCGCCUUGUAUGAAGAAACAGAGAAGGAAGUUGAACGUAUCGGUUCCAUACGUCAGAACAAGAUCUGGGAAGCAAGCACACGCAAUCGAGUGAAUGACGUGCUCGACGAUGUCAUGUCCCUAUUGUCACUGUUCUUUAUGAGCAUUGGAAGAAACCGCGAAAGUCCGGCGGUGUACGCCCAGCUGAUAACAGUUGAACGUUAUUUGGAUCAGUUAUCUCAAAUGGGAAUUUACACUGACUCUAUCCUUAUUGAAAUUGAGGAAAGACUGCAAGAUAUAGCCGACAUCCUUGAGGCUGACUCGCAACGUUCCCAAGGCACUCACUCUUACUUUCUUGAUUUGUUGAAACAAAAACAUGCACGCUGCAAAUCUGCUCUGGAAAGCCUCUUGAUCACCAUUCGCGAUGUGUCGCCAAAAUUGAAACCAACGCAGGAAGCACUAGUGGAUCUACGCCGAGAAUUAUCUCGAAUGGCGCAGAAUCCGAAUGGAUUCACCGCAAAUGAUAUUCAUCCUUUCCAAGAAAAACUCCGACAAAUAGACCAUGCAGCAUCCGACAUAUUAGCUUCAAAAGAUGGACCAAAACCAAAAGGGCAUGCUCUCAUUAUUGGUCUGUUGGAACAGCUUUACGAGGAAACUCAUGAUUUGGUUGCUUCAACAGACAAUGUCUCUGAAGCUCUGGUGCCUAUUGCUGAUCGUCUAAAGCAAAUUAAGGCUCAGCUCGAACGAUUGGCAUUGACUCAUCGAUGGACACUGCGAGAAACAGAUUUGUACACAUUCCAGUUGCAACUGCAAGAAAUUGAAAAACUACGACAUAAUGGCAAGUUCCGUGAUUCUCGGGCACCGGAAGCUGUUCCGGAUGGUCAAGCGUUGAUCAACUUUUUAUUGCGUGGUUGCUAUCGUCUCAUGUCCAAGAUGUUAAGCGAGAACGUGCCAGUAGCGGAAGCAUUGAUGCCUGUCCAUAAUCAGCUCAGUACACUGCGGCGAUGUCUUGUAGAAGUAACAAAAUGGGGUAAACCCGAUUCAGCACGCGACCUCUAUCCUUAUCAAAUGAAACUGGCGAGCAUUGACAAUAUGCGUAUUAAUGGCGUAUUUUAUGACGAAGAAGGCAAUAUUCCUGAAGGCCAAGCGAUCUGUAUAGCAUUGCUGAACGAAUGCUACGACAUUAUCCACGAUCUCAUUGCUGCUCUUGACGAUGAUAAACUCGCUCACUGAUUGACGUGUUUUUGUUUAUCGAUUCCAUUCCAUUCAAAACCACAGCAAUCAAUAAAAAAAGGCAGAACAAUUGAAGAAAAAGGUUCAAUUAGCCCGUCAUGAAAGCGGCCAUGAGUGUUUAUUGACUCUCUUUUUUUAAUCGAAGAGACCGAAACCCAUAUCUUCAUCGGAUUCCUCCUUCUCCUCUUCCUUCUCCUCAGCGGGAGCUUCAGCAGCACCGCCAGCAGCGGCACCAGCAGCAGGAGCAGCAGCACCACCAGCACCGGGAGUACCAACGCUCAUGAGGAGCUCACCAAAGUUCUGACCGGCGAGGGCCUUGGCGUAAAGGCUGAACCAGACGGGUUCAACGUCAAUACCAGCAGCCUUGACAAGGGUUUGGAGCUUGUCGGC